AUGCAAAAGAGCUAUAUAGGUAUAUAAGAUUUUUAUUAUGGAUUUUCUUUAUGUGCAAUAAAAUGCAAUAUAAUCAGUCUUAAAAUUUUUUAACAACUCUAGAGAAGAAAUAUAACAGAUAAGCUUUCACUAAUAGAGAUCCUUAAACAAGCUCAAAAAUCUUUGGGUUUUAAUAAAAUGUAUAUUAAAGUUAAUAAUUCGAGAUUAUACCGACUGAAAUAAGCAAAGAAAUACAAAUGUAUCAGAUUUCAUGAGAUUCUAAUGUCUUAAAGAUAUUUAAUUGACUUAUUAGAUUUAGAGGAAUAUUUUGGAAUGAAAGUUUAAUACAAUUAAAAAUCAGAAUUAAGAAGAAGAAAAAAAAACCGACUUGAAAACAGAAGGCUAAAUUUAAUAUUUCAGAUUAAUGAUUAUUACAUUUAAGAGAUGGAAAUUUAAGGCUUACACCAAUUAUAAUAAAUUCGACAAUGGAAAAAAUGUAAAACAAAAAAAUGGAACUGA